AUGGGAAACACGAUGGUAAUUUACUUCCGAGUUAUCUCGGGUACCGAAGCUGGCCUGCCAGCUGUUCGUUCUGCCAACGAGCGAGACCUCGAGGAGAAGAGGGCUCUCCGCGCACCGGGGUCUAUCUUGGAGCACUUUAAUGUCGCUAAAAUCACGCCCAAGGUCCAAACUUUUGUUGACCUCGCAAUGUUCCGGUUCUUCAUCUGCUGUGCCCUUUCCUGGACCCUCCUUGACAACAUUUGGUUCCGUACUUUUGUUUAUGCGCUGGCAGCAUCUUACGUGGUCCCAACGCGUUCGAGCUUUUUCUCAAAAUACCUCAGCUCGGAGAUUGCAGUUGUCAACAAGGUCCUUCGUGGUUUUCUUGCGGACCGCGAGAAUUUGUCGCUCUCCUUCGAUGGUUGGAGUACUCUGAAGCACGAGGAGAUCUACACGUUGCAUAUCACCACCCCGGGCCGGCGAUCCAUCUUUAUUGACGGGCAUGUCUUCACAGACAGUGUGACCGGGAACUUGUUACUUGAUGUCAUUCUAAACAAGGUGACGAGUAAUUUCCUGAUCGAAAAACCCACCCAGGACGCAGAUGAUGCGACUUUAGAUACACCAUUGGGCACGCAGCGGCAGCCCAAGACCAAGGACUCAGACGAGGACUCAGACGAAGUUCCCGUGCUGCCCCCAUUGCUCAAGCCCACUCAAUUGUCUUCGGUUGCGGGUGAUGGCGGACCGAAUGUGCGUCGGACCAAGCAGCUCUUUGUGGCAAGAUACCCAUGGAUUCUCAACAUCUAUGACCCAUGCCACAAUCUGAGCUUGUACAUGAAGGAUGUUGGUGCGAUCUUCAAAGACACGGUUCUCGUAAAUGUCUCCAUGAUCGCAAAUUACUUUGGGAAAUCAAACCUCGGAACGGCUCAACUUGCCAAGUGUCGCAAGGUUCUCAAGAUUACACACGGCAUUGCAUCUGCAACGGACACAAGAUUCUCAUCAUUGCGGGUUCAAUCCGUCUCGGUCAAGGAAUGUAUGCCUGCGAUCCGGCGAUGCAUGGACCUUGAGCUCAUCACUUUCAAAACGAAAGCGACAAAGAAGCUGCUUCCUUUUGUUACUGAAGGAACAGAUCACUAUAUGUUCAUGGCCAAUCUCGGCGCUUUUAUUGAUCUGACCGAGUCAAUUGCGAACGCAAUUUUGUCUCUCGAAGGACUAUAUGUCAACUGUGCCGACGUCUUCUAUGCGUGGGUCUGCAUUGCAUGCUCUCUCGACAACCUCCUUGGAUCAAAAGUGUCGCUCCAACCCCACCGGCGUGCAGUAAUUGAGAAGUACAAUGCACGAUUCACUCAGAUGAUGAUCGAGUCGACAGAGGACAUCUUUUUAUUCGGCUACUUCAUCCAUCCUAAGUACCAUAUUCAUGGUGGACUGCGGCUCGACAUGCCUGCCCUCGCCGAUGGUGCCACCCUCAGCAAGGAACAAUAUUCACCUCUCUUCUCCCGAUUGAUCACAGUCGCUUUGAAGCUUUUGAUGGGAGAACGCAAACGAACUCAAAAAUACAAGUCAUCGGCAGCUGCGGAAGCCUUGGUGGCGCAACUCAUAGCGUGGGCAUAUAACCGAGAACCGUUUCGUAGCCGGCAAUGGGCACAAUUUGCAACACCUCUCGAGUACUGGAAGUGCGUUGGAGAAGAUUCGAGUGCAAGGAUCCUUGGUGUUAUCGGCAUCAAAGUCUUUUCAAUUGUUCCAUCCGAGAUUUGUGACGAGCGUACAGCAUCCCGACUCGGGUGGUUCAACUCUGCUCGUCGGAGCUCAAUGACACCGCAGAAUUUAAUCAACAGCGCCCGACUCCAUGACUAUUACACUCAUGGCUAUAACAACGAUUCUCCGAAGGGUAGGGUAUCCCAGGCAUUUAUCCAUGUUCCAUCGCCCGUCACUGCCCCCGAUGACGGAAAAGCCAUCCGAUCCGUUCCUACGCUUGCCGAUCUCUUGAAUCCCGUUGACCCAACAGAAGCAGCUCCGGUAGAUCUGGAAAGCCUCGAGGACACCUGGUUCAACCGACCGGACCCGUAUGACCUCGACGAGGCCGAACGCGUUCCUGCUCCCACUGUCGUUCGGACGAACGACCGCUUCGCUAUCUUCGACAUCAUCAAACCUGAUGACGGCAAGCUUGUGAGCUUGAUUGCGUCAGGAGGAAUGGUGGAAGGUGACGCUUUUGAGCCAGAGUUGAGCUCGGAUGGCAAUGAUGAGGACGAGGCAGGUGGAGGCUGGGACUAUAGUAAUUUUAUCUGA